UUAUCUUAUCUUUAUCUUAUCUUUUAUCUUUAUCUUAUCUUUUAUCUUUCAUAGGUUAAUGCUCUAUGUAUACUUAGUUUUACUUUCAUAGUUUACAAUCUUUAAUCAAUCAACAAUUAAUAAAAUUUUUUCAUCUUUUCUUUUUUUUUCUUCAUUAUUCUUUCACAAUUUUAUUAUCUUUACCUACUCUUUAUGUACUCUUUUCGUUUUAUUACAAGUGUUGCAAAAAUCUCGACUUUUCUUCAAUUCUUGAUGUUUUGCUUUAGAUUUUGGUUUUUGGAUUGUGUGAUGCACAAGAAUGGGGCCUGACUUGGAUUUGAAGAAGUCAGGGAGUAUACACUCCCCUGCAUUUUCUCGACAGAAGGUUCCGGAGCCUAGAACCGACUACAUUGGUGAUGCUUGUGGCAUGGAAACAUCAGCAAUUGAACAAAUUCAUUUUUCUAGUGAGAAUGAGAAUGUAGAAGUUAAUAUCACUGGACAGAAGAAGGUUCCAGAGCCUAGAGUCGACUACAUUGGUGAUGGUUGCGCGAUGGUUCCAUCGCGAAUUGAACAAACUCAUUUCUCCAAUGAGAAUGAGAAUGUAGAGGUUAAUAUCACUGGAUCCACAAAUUCUGGACAAGCCUUGGUGGUGGAAGAUUCUCGUGAGGAUGCCACUGAGAGUUCUAGUUCUUUUGGUCAUACAGAAUCUGACACAGAGAACGUCCCAUCCUUCAGUGACCCUGAAGUCGAAUCGUGUCUUUGUGCUGACAAUGCAUCCUCAUCCAUGUCCAAUGAUUAUUUUGAAUCACCUCCAAGAAGAAAGAAAGGGGUUACAAGUCAUUGGAGAAAGUUCAUACACCCUCUAAUGUGGCGUUGUAAGUGGAUCGAACUGCGUCUGAAGCAACUUCAGUCUCAAGAGCUUAAGUAUGAAAAAGAGCUUGAAGCGUACAAUUAUAGAAAGCAGCUUGAUUUUGCACACCUAACAUUAGAUGGCUCUGAUAUCAAAUCGGUACCUAUAUCUGGUCGGAGGCAUAGGAAUAAAAUUAUGAAGAGGAAAAAAAGGAAUAGAGUUGAAGAGAAGUAUGAUUUAGCAUCGUACAUGUCUAAUCAUAGUUUAUUCUCUUACUAUGAACAAAAAGAUCGCACUGUUGAUACUUGUUUGAAAGAUGUUCAUGGUGCUGCUAAUGGUGGUAACAUUGAUGAUAUUGAGUUCAAGUUGGAUGAUCUGUGGUCUUAUGUUGACUAUGAAAAUAGUGAUAAGUCAUUGGAUGACAUCAUUCAAAAGAUUGAAGCAGUACAAUCACAAGUUCACAAAUUGAAAACUCGAAUUGAUAAGGUAAUUAAAGAAAAUUCAGGAAAAUUUGAUUCCGGAACUCAAUUGGACAAGCCUGGGACACCUCAGCAUGAACCCGGGUAUCAGACGGUAGAUCCACUUAUCCCUGGAAAUGCAUCAUUAACUGAUGAAGGGUUUAAUCUUCUUGUUGAGAUGACUGAUAAGCCUCGGAUUGAGGACUUGCGAGAAGAGAUCAAAGAUGGGACCCUUAUACAAAAUCAAGAAGCUAAGAAAGAGUUGCAAGUUUCUGAAUCUGACUUUUCUGUUGAGGAUGUUGUGCCUAAUAUUCAUUCUACUUUAAAAGUAUGCUCCACAUCAAAGUCAAAUGUUCCUAAGAACAAAAGGAAAAGAAGGAACAAAUCUGCCUCUUGGAACCGGAUGUAAUUUGGGUAAGCUGAAUCUAAGAUAGUUGUUAGGCAUCUGAAAGGAACUGAGAAUUUCUCAAACAUGUUGCAACUGAUGUGCUUCUGGUUUUAUGUGUAAAUAGUAAAUACUUACCAUAUCAUCUAUAUUUUCAUACUCUUACACCUAUGGAAUUGUUUGUUCAAUUGUACAUGAUUGUGAAUAUGAUAACAGGAUUCAGCUCCA